UAAGUAUGAGCCAGUGUGUCCAGUUGUGGAAAAAAGGCUGAGCCUAUAGUCAAGACACCCUGGGUUUGAAGCUUGACUCUGUGCCUUACAAGGAGGAGGUUGUAUCUGUUACUAUGGCAAUGACUGCGGGGACUACAACAGCUUUUCCCAUGAGCAACCACACCCGGGAAAGAGUGACUGUAGCUAAACUCACACUGGAGAAUUUCUACAGCAACCUAAUUUUACAGCAUGAAGAAAGAGAAACCAGGCAAAAGAAGUUAGAGGUAGCAAUGGAAGAAGAAGGAUUGGCAGAUGAAGAGAAAAAAUUACGUCGAUCACAGCAUGCUCGCAAAGAAACUGAAUUUCUCCGACUCAAGAGGACAAGGCUUGGUUUGGAUGACUUUGAAUCCUUGAAAGUUAUAGGGAGAGGAGCCUUUGGAGAGGUACGCCUUGUCCAGAAGAAAGACACAGGUCAUAUCUAUGCAAUGAAGAUAUUGAGAAAGGCUGAUAUGCUUGAAAAAGAACAGGUGGCCCAUAUCCGAGCAGAAAGAGAUAUAUUAGUAGAAGCAGAUGGUGCCUGGGUUGUGAAGAUGUUUUAUAGUUUUCAAGAUAAAAGGAAUCUUUAUCUAAUCAUGGAAUUUCUCCCUGGAGGAGACAUGAUGACAUUACUAAUGAAGAAAGAUACCUUGACAGAAGAAGAAACCCAGUUCUAUAUUUCAGAGACUGUUCUGGCUAUCGAUGCAAUUCACCAGUUGGGGUUCAUUCACCGAGAUAUCAAACCAGACAACCUCUUAUUGGAUGCCAAGGGUCAUGUAAAGUUGUCUGAUUUUGGCCUAUGCACAGGAUUAAAGAAAGCUCAUAGGACUGAAUUUUAUAGGAACCUCACACAUAACCCACCAAGUGAUUUCUCAUUUCAGAACAUGAACUCAAAAAGAAAAGCAGAAACGUGGAAGAAAAAUAGGCGACAAUUGGCAUAUUCCACAGUCGGAACUCCAGAUUACAUUGCUCCAGAAGUAUUCAUGCAGACUGGGUACAACAAAUUGUGUGACUGGUGGUCUUUGGGAGUGAUUAUGUAUGAAAUGCUAAUAGGAUAUCCACCAUUCUGUUCUGAAACACCACAAGAAACUUACAGGAAAGUUAUGAACUGGAAAGAAACUCUAGUAUUUCCUCCAGAAGUACCUAUAUCAGAGAAAGCCAAGAACCUAAUUCUCAGAUUCUGUAUUGAUUCAGAAAACAGAAUUGGAAACAGUGGAAUAGAAGAAAUCAAGGAUCAUCCCUUUUUUGAAGGAGUAGAUUGGGGACACAUCAGGGAGAGACCAGCUGCAAUUCCCAUAGAAAUUAAAAGCAUUGAUGAUACAUCAAAUUUUGAUGAAUUUCCUGAAUCUGAUAUCUUACAACCAGUGCCAAAUACCACAGAACCGGACUACAAAUCCAAAGACUGGGUUUUUCUCAAUUAUACCUAUAAGCGGUUUGAAGGGCUGACUCAACGUGGUUCUAUCCCUUCCUACAUGAAAGCUGGGAAAUUAUGAAUGAAACUCACAUACGCCCACACCCCAAAAGAACUCAGGUAGCUGCAUCACCAAGGCUUGCUUGGCGUAGAUAACAAUACACUGAAAUAAAUAUCCCCAAGGACGGUGGUGCUCAUCGACUUCAAGAGGAAAUUCUACAGGAUUAGGAUUUCUAAGACUUCUACAGGAAUUAGUUGGCAGUGCCAGCUGGAUUUUUUUUAAUAUUUGACUAUUUUUGUUAACUUUAUUAUACAAAGGUACUGGAAUAAAAGGAGUGUACAUCCCUUUGUAA